AAACCGACCAGUAAUAUUACAAGAUAUCGGACUACCUUAUUUGCAUGGGAAGGCUAUAAAAGCAGGAGCCCGGGAGGGGAAGGAAACAGUUUUGUAGAGUGAGAGAGAAGCAGUACAAUUAUGCCUGAACCAGCCAAGUCCGCUCCAGCCGCAAAGAAAGGCUCCAAGAAAGCGGUGACUAAGACUCAGAAGAAAGACGGGAAGAAGCGCAGGAAGACAAGGAAGGAGAGUUACGCCAUUUACGUGUACAAGGUGCUGAAGCAGGUGCACCCCGAUACCGGCAUCUCGUCCAAGGCCAUGAGCAUCAUGAACUCCUUUGUCAACGAUGUGUUUGAGCGCAUCGCAGGGGAAGCCUCCCGCCUGGCUCAUUAUAACAAACGCUCCACCAUCACCUCCCGGGAGAUCCAGACCGCGGUCCGACUGCUGCUGCCUGGGGAGUUGGCCAAACACGCCGUGUCCGAGGGCACCAAGGCUGUCACCAAGUACACCAGCGCCAAGUAAUUGAUGCUGCCCGACCCCUGUCCGACUCCAACACAAAGGCUCUUUUCAGAGCCAC